CUUGGCUUAGAAAUUUCAGAGGCUAAAAUAAAAGAUAUGAUAAAGAUUCACCUUGGGCAUUUGACUAAGAUAAAGAAGUUCUCUACAAUAAAGCAACAUGAACAAAAAAGAACAAUUUACCUUUAUGACAAAGCAAGUACAGAAGAUUGGGAAAAGUACGCUACAGUACUACAAAGAUCUUUAGAAAGUAGACAACUAAUCAACUUCGAAGGAAAAAGUAUAAUUACCUGGCAACAACUUAAAAGAGUUUUAGGCCUUUCAAGCUGGGGAAAGAAAGCUUAUUGGUUCACAGAGUUAGAAAGAAAAAUAAUUAUAAAUACAGACACAAGAGAAGUUAUAGCGGACUUUAAUAUACCAAACCCAAAUUUACUAGCACUAGAGCUCAAAGUGAUCUCUACCUUGGAAGACCGAAGAAAGUAUUUGUUGAGCAUUGGUGUGAUAGCUCAUCUUAAGUAUCAUCAAACAUCUGUAUUGUCAAAUAUGAAGGUUGUCAAACUGAUCAAGAAAGAAGUAAAAGCAUAUCCGCAAGUUGGAUCAAAAAAAAAGAUAUCGUGGAUAUCAGAGACAAUCCAAGUAGAAGUAGAGAAAAAUUUAAGAUUUCAAAGCAUCUUAUAUUGGAAAAAUUGGCUAGAAGAAGCACCACCUCAAGCUUUCAUUAAAACACUCAAUAAUAUGUAUAUAGAUGCGGAGUGGUGUCAACUACAAAAAAAUUUACCUCUCCUUGAUCUAUUGAAUAAAAGAAGAUUAGACUUAUAUGAAUCUCCAAACUGCCUAAGCUGCAACACGAAUGCCAAAGAAGUGCAUGAUCAUCUAGCAGAAUAUAAAGGAUAUGAAUUUUUGUAG